UUCAUGCCUUCUAUUUCUUUGUGUAGUACUACCUUCCUUACUGAGGAUGGGCUAUUAGAUAUGAUUCGUGCAUCAAACACAUCAAAAACAGCUGCAAAAGAAGAACCAAAAAAACCUGCAGACAAAAUGGUUGUGUCAUUGCCAAAGAAAAGUCCUCAAAGAUUAGAAACAAAGAAAAGUGUAGCCACCAAAGGUUUGACUGCAGUUGCCUCUCCUGCUAAGCGGAAAUAUCAACUUGUGGAAAAAGCUUUCUUGCAAUGGACGGAAAAAUACAGGCCAAAGAUUCCAAACGACAUGAUAGGGAAUCAGUCACUGGUGAAGCAGCUUCAUGAUUGGCUGGAACAUUGGGAUGAGCAGUUCAUGAAUACUGGGAAGGGGAAAAAACAGAAUGAUUCUGCUGCUAAGAAAGCUGUUCUAUUGAGUGGUACACCUGGUAUUGGGAAGACUACAUCAGCCAAGUUGGUUUGUCAGAUGCUUGGUUUUCAGGCAAUCGAGGUAAAUGCUAGUGACAACCGUGGAAAGGCUGAUGCCAAAGUCGAGAAAGGAAUAGGUGGAAGUACAGCAAAUUCUAUAAAGGAACUUGUUAGUAAUGAAGCUCUAAGCGUUAACAUGGAUCGUUCAAAGCAUCCAAAGACUGUGCUGAUUAUGGAUGAAGUUGAUGGCAUGUCUGCUGGAGAUAGAGGGGGAGUGGCUGAUCUCAUUGCCAGCAUCAAGAUCUCUAAAAUUCCAAUCAUUUGCAUUUGUAAUGACCGCUACAGUCAAAAACUAAAGAGUCUUGUGAACUACUGCUUACUUCUUAGCUUCCGGAAACCAACAAAGCAGCAGAUGGCUAAAAGAUUAUUCCAAGUUGCAAAUGCCGAAGGACUUCAAGUUAAUGAGAUUGCACUCGAGGAACUUGCAGAAAGGGUUAAUGGAGAUAUGCGCAUGGCUUUGAACCAAUUGCAGUAUAUGAGCCUCUCAAUGUCAGUCAUUAAAUAUGAUGACAUUAGACAACGACUUCUUAGCAGUUCAAAAGAUGAAGAUAUUUCACCAUUUACAGCUGUUGACAAGCUCUUUGGCUUUAAUGCGGGAAAGUUGCGGAUGGAUGAGCGAAUUGACCUAAGCAUGAGUGAUCCUGAUCUAGUCCCCCUUCUUAUCCAGGAGAACUACAUCAACUAUAGGCCUAGUUCGGCUGGCAAAGAUGAUGGGUUGAAAAGGAUGAGCUUGAUUGCCCGUGCUGCUGAGUCUAUUGCAGAUGGGGAUAUAGUUAAUGUACAGAUUCGAAGAUAUCGCCAGUGGCAGCUCUCUCAGACUGGAUCCCUUGCUUCUUGUAUAAUUCCUGCUGCUUUGUUACAUGGGCAAAGGGAGACACUUGAGCAGGGAGAACGCAACUUUAAUAGGUUUGGUGGGUGGCUAGGAAAGAACUCUACAAUGGGAAAAAAUUACAGACUUUUGGAGGAUCUUCAUGUUCAUUUACUUGCUUCCUGUGAAUCUAAGUUGGGAAGGACAACCUUGCGGGUUGAUUAUCUUACACUUCUUUUGAAGCAUUUGACUGAUCCACUUCGGGUGAUGCCUAAGGCAGCUUUUUCUGAAAACACAUCACUUCAAUGUGGAAGUAAUCACCAGGAUGAGGCCGUUGAGAAGGUCCUGGAGUUCAUGGAUUCCUACACUAUAAGCCAGGAGGACUUUGAUACUAUCAUGGAGAUUUCAAAAUUUCGGGGGCACACAAAUCCACUGGAUGGCAUACAGCCAGCUGUCAAAGCUGCACUCACAAAGGCAUACAAUAAAGGAAGCAAGUCACGUGUGAUUCGAACAGCAGAUUUAGUCACACUUCCUGGAAUAAAAAAGGUGCCUAAGAAGCGGAUUGCAGCAAUGUUGGAACCGGCCGAAGAUGUUUUAGCACAAGAGAAUGGUGAAGCAUUGGAAGAAAACGAAGAAGAGAACUCUUCUGAUACAGAGGACUUGGAAGGCUCAGCUGAUGGUGAGAAGAAGCUGCAGUUGGAUUUACAGAGUCUUAAUUCAAAGGGAAUCCAAGUAGAGGUGGACUUGAAGGGUGCUGGAAAUAGUGGGGCUAAAAAGGCAUCAGCAGGCAGAGGAAAAGGUGGUUCUGAUAGCAAAGAUAAGAGAGGGGGACGAGGUGCUGGUGCUGCUUCCAAGAGAAAGAGAUGA